AUGGGGUCGCAAAUCGACUCGCAAGACGAGUUCACGGUGCUCGUCACCGGCUUCGGCCCCUUCAAGGUCCAAUACCCCGUGAACCCCUCGUGGGAAAUCGCCCACUCGCUGCCCUCCUACCUCCCGCCCCUCCGCGCCAAGAACCCCAAAGACCACCACUCGACGACGACGACGACGACGACGACGACGACGACGACAACCUCGCAAUCCCGCCCGCUGCCCCCCGUCCGCAUCCUCGUCCACCCGGAAGCCGUCCGCGUAAACUACCAGACCGUCCGCGCCCUCGUCCCCCGGCUCUGGGACCCCGCCGCGCACCCGCGCAUCGACGCCGCCGUGCACAUCGGCAUGGCCGGCCCCCGCCUCUUCUACUCCAUCGAGCGCCGCGGCCACCGCGACGGCUACGCCUUCCCGGACGUCGACGGGAACCGGCUCGAGGACGACGAGCGCCGGAAGCUGGAGGGCGAGGACUGGGUCUGGCACGGCUGCCCCGACGAGAUCCUCACGCACCUGGACGUGGAGGACGUGUUGGGGCGGUGGAAGUCGCACAGCCCGGACCGUUCCGACCUACGCAUAUCCGAGGACGCGGGCCACUACCUCUGCGACUUCAUCUACUUCUCGAGCCUGGCGCACCUCUGGAAGCAGCACGAGCACCGCAGGGUCGUCUUCCUGCACGUCCCCUCCGACGCCUCCGAGGAGGCCGUCGCCACCGGCACGGAGCUGACGAUCCAGCUCAUCCGCUCCAUCGCCGAGAGCGAGCUCGCGAAGCGCAGGGAGAAGGCCGAGGAGGGUCAGGUUGACGAGACGGAUAAGAUCGCCGUCGAGCUGCGCGUGUGA